AUGGGACCUGACUUGAAGAACAUGAGACAGUCGGCAGAGCAUGCCUCACAGCCUCUGGCCCCGAGCCUCCUUCAAAUCCAGAAUAAGAAGCACCAGCAGAGGGGAGCUGUGGGGCAUAGGGCUCCUCCCCCUGAAGAGGAGGACCCCAGGCUGAAGUGUAAGGACUGUGGGGCUUUUGGACACACUGCGAGGAGCAGAAGAUGCCCCAUCAAGUGCUGGAAUGGUGCGCUGGCCCCACAACCCUUGGGCCCAAAGAAGGAGAAGGAGAACCAGGCACCAAGCAAGCCUAGGAAUCUCCAGAACACAGGGGCCUGUGAGCAGCCAGCCAGAAUGAAGGGCCAGACCAGUGCUCUUGCUGACACUCCUCCCUAUCUUGAUGAGUCGGAGAUUCCCAGCUCCCAUGAGCCAGUGAGUGUCCUCUAUGAAGACCUUCAGGUGUCGUCCUCCUCUGAGGACAGUGACAUGGAGUGA